AUGGCGGACAAAAGUGAAACUGCCAGCUCUGGCAGCAAGAAGCAGAUCAUCCUCAAUGCCUUUGUCAUGAACACACCAGGCCACCUAUCACCCGGUCAAUGGCGACACCCGAGGAACAAGACUGACCAGUACACCAAGCUGUCGUUCUGGAUCGAGCUUGCACAGCUCCUUGACAAAGCAAACUUCCAUGCAAUGUUCAUCGCUGAUACCUUGGGCCCGUAUGAUGUGUACAAAGGCCCUGCCAAUGUCGUUCCCGCCCUCAGUUCAGGGGCACAGUUUCCAGUCGAUGACCCCCUCUUCCUCGUGCCGAGUAUGGCGGCAGCGACAAAGAAUCUCAUUUUUGGCGUCACAGCCAGUCUGACAUACGAUAAGCCGUACGCCCUGGCGCGACGUCUCUCAACGGUCGACCAUCUCAGCGAAGGCCGUGUCGCCUGGAACAUUGUCACGUCGUAUCUGGAUAGCGCAGCACGCAACCACGGUCUCAAGGAGCAAAUCCCUCAUGAUGAGCGAUACGCCAUCGCUCAUGAGUAUUUGGAGGUUCUGUACAAGCUCUGGGAAGGCAGCUUCAGGGAUGAUGCAGUGGUAGCCGAUCGGGAGACUGGUCAAUAUAUUGCCAAUGACGCCGUCCGCCAGAUUCAUCACAAGGGCAAGUACUUUGAAGUGCCGGGCCCUCAUUUUUGUGAACCCUCUCCGCAGCGCACCCCGUUACUAUUCCAAGCCGGUGUUUCGGAAGCUGGCAAUGGCUUUGGCGGCAAGCAUGGCGAGGCGAUCUUCAUUGGCGGACAAACCAAAGAAGGCGUCCGCAAGACGGUGGAUAACUUGCGCAGCAUCGCUGUCAAGGAGGGGAGAGACCCCAAUCAUAUCAAGAUUCUUCUAGGCCUCGGUGUCAUCGUGGCUGCAACAGAUGAAGAAGCAUAUGCCAAGCGGGCUGAACAUCUGAAGUAUACCGACGAGGAGGGUGCUCUUGCACUGUUUGGAGGGUGGACAGGGGUUGACCUUUCCAAGUACGAUGAUGAUCAGAACUUCUUGCAUAGCGACUCGCCUCGGAUUCAGUCCAUGGUCAGGAGAUGGGCCGAUACUGUUCCAGGGACAGACAACCUGCCAUGGACAAAGCGACGAAUUAUCGAGUAUCUGAGCCUUGGUGGCCUUCAAGCGAAGGCCAUUGGUGGCCCCAAGACUGUCGCUGAUGAGCUGGAGAAAUGGGUCGAGCUUGGUGGUGUUGACGGGUUCAACUUGGCCCAUAUCACCAACCCAGGAACCUUCGAGGACAUCAUCGAGUACCUUCUGCCAGAGCUUAGACGUCGUGGGCUUUUUAGAGAACGAGUUGAGAAGGAGGGAGCCACAGCUAGGGAGGUCUUUAUUGGCACAAAGAAGCUGCCUGAUGACCACCCAGGAAGCAAGUAUAGAUGGCGAGCUGGCCAGGAACCCCCCGAGUACUAG